AAUUUUGUCAUGUUCCAGUGAAAUUCCUCCAGAAUUUGCAUCACGAAGGCAUUGCUUCCACAGGAUGACCAAAGACCACCCAGGCCACCGUCUACCCAGAAGUCUCAGCACAGGAAAUGUGUCAUGGUAGCAUGGCAGCCUCAGGACGUCCUCUCAGUGGGAGAAGUCCUUGCAGUGUCCAGGAGUGGCAGCUGGAAGCAUGGUCCUCCUGACCAGCUGGCCCCUCCACAUCACUGUUGAAUGCUGUGCACAUACCUGGGGCAUGAGACUGAAAAUGACAGCUCAGAAUAUUCGUGAGGAAGAACUAUCUUGUGCCAUAGAGAUGGAAGGAUUUACGAAGGAGGUUCCUUGUUUCUCCAUUCUAGGGGAUGGUUGGGACUGUGAGAACCAGCAGAAACAUUUGAGGCGAUCAUCUUUAACUCCAGAGAAACCAGGGGCUCAGGAAGCAGUUAGUGAAUAUCCUGGUUUGGGGGAGCAUUUGAGUGCAAGCUCAGACCUUUCAUCACCUCAGACAGUUCUUACCACAAACGGCUUCCAUAUACGUGACGCAGAUGUUAGAAGUCUGGAUUGUGACCCAGCCUUACACAGCUGUCCCAAAAGUUAUGCAGCUAAGAGAACUAGUGACAGCGAUGCCUACGGAAAAGGCUUCAGCUAUUCCAUGGAAGUUACUCAAUUUGGAAGAAAUCAAAUGAGAGGGAAACCUUAUAGUGAAAAUGUUAAAUCUUUUAACCAUUUUACCUCUCUUGGUCAUCAAAAAGUAAUGAAAAGAGGCAAGAAACUGUACGAGGGUAAGGACUUUGGGGACAUCUUUACCCUGAGCUCAUCUCUUAAUGAAAACAGGAGGAAUCACCCUGGAGAGAAACAGUACAAAUGUACCGAAUGUGGCAAAUGCUUCAAACGGAACUCUUCUCUUGUUUUGCAUCACCGAACUCACACUGGAGAGAAACCUUAUACCUGUAAUGCGUGUGGAAAAUCCUUCUCCAAGAACUACAACCUGAUUGUGCACCAAAGGAUCCAUACAGGAGAGAAGCCCUAUAAAUGCAAUAAAUGUGGGAAAGCUUUCAGUGAUGGGUCAGCUCUAACACAACACCAGAGAAUUCACACGGGUGAGAAACCUUAUGAAUGUCUAGAAUGUGGAAAAACCUUCAACCGGAAUUCAUCCCUGAUUUUGCAUCAAAGAACUCAUACGGGGGAGAAACCAUAUAGAUGUAAUGAGUGUGGGAAACCCUUCACCGACAUCUCCCACCUCACUGUGCAUCUCAGAAUCCACACUGGUGAGAAGCCCUAUGAGUGCAGCAAAUGUGGAAAGGCUUUCCGAGAUGGCUCAUACCUUACCCAGCACGAGAGGACUCACACUGGAGAAAAGCCCUUUGAAUGUGCAGAGUGCGGGAAAUCCUUCAACCGAAACUCUCACCUCAUUGUGCAUCAAAAGAUCCAUUCUGGAGAGAAACCUUAUGAAUGUAAAGAGUGUGGGAAAACAUUCAUUGAGAGUGCAUACCUCAUCAGGCACCAAAGGAUUCAUACUGGUGAGAAGCCCUAUGGCUGUAAUCAGUGUCAAAAACUUUUUAGGAACAUUGCUGGCCUCAUUCGGCACCAGAGGACUCAUACUGGUGAGAAGCCCUAUGAGUGUAAUCAGUGUGGCAAAGCUUUCAGGGACAGCUCCUGUCUGACCAAGCACCAGAGAAUUCACACCAAGGAGACCCCAUAUCAGUGUCUAGAAUGUGGGAAGUCCUUCAAACAGAACUCUCACUUGGCAGUACAUCAGAGACUCCAUAGCAGGGAGGGACCCAGCCAAUGUCCUCAAUGUGGGAAAAUAUUCAGAAAGAGCUCAUCUCUUGUCCGACAUCAAAGGACACACCCUGGAGAGCAACCCAUGGAAACAUAAUGAACGUGGGCCUCUCCCAACUUGCUCUCAGAAUCUUACGUGAAGGUGUG